CUUAGGAAUUCAAACCCGACACAGUGUAAGUAUCCGAUUGCAUGUGCACCUGAAUAUUCUAGAACCUUGUUAUCAGUGCAGCAUUUCUUUUAAUAACGCAAAGAUCACCUUAAGCUUAUUAACUCUUUUUAGUUGUAAAAUAAUUUGCUUUCUCAUGUAAACGUCAACGCCGCUUUACAAUUCGAGGACCGUUUUUUGCAGCUAAGGCUCUUUGGUCACUCUUUGGCUUAUUUGCUUUAAUUUCGCUGAAGGAAAUCACAUCGUCCGGCUUCGAUAGCUCUUUCACACUCUGUCGAUCGCAUCUUCUCCAUAUCAAGUAAGUGAGUAAGUGAGUGGGUGAGUGAGUGAGUGAGUGAUCGAGUGCCAUUCGAGUGUCUCCAAAAGCCCAUGGCAUGACUACGUCAUCCAUGAGCUAAAAAAACUCUGUAGCUUUAACAAACCGUCGACGUCUAGAAAGGCAACCUCGUUCCCAGGGUUCUCUCCAACGGAGAGACAACCUGGGAACGAAUUUAGCCUGUUUACACGAGGUUAGUGGGAAAGGAAUGUAUGACAGCGGGGAGAAUUGGGUGACCCCGGCCCGAGCGGCUGCGAGGAAGACUAUCGUCUCCCGCCAAAAGUCUCAGGUUUCUUUCUUUCUUUUUUUUUUUUGAACGGCAGUUGCCGGCCAUGAACCUAUUAAUUUUACUUUUUGUUUGUUUUGAACGGCAGUUCCCGGCCAUGAACAUAUUAAUUUUACUUUUUCCGUUUUAAAAGGCAGUUCCCGGCCAUGAACAUACUAGUUUUACUUUUCCUGUUUUGAAUGGCAGUUCCCGGCCGCGAACAUAAUAAUUUUACUUUUUCUGUUUUGAAUGGCUGUGAACAAAUUAGUUUCACUUCUGCUUCUAUUUCACUUUUAUUUUUAUUUUCAUUUCAUAAUAACAAAGUUUGUUUUGAAAUUUUACAAAAUGAAUCUAUUUCCAGUCAGGAGCCUGAUGGGCUCCUGUUCCAGUUCAAUGAAAAACAAAAUAAUUUGACGUUUUUCUUUCGUUUUAUUUUCAAUUCAAAAUAAUUAAAGUUCAAUCUAAAAUUAACAAAUUUAUGUCGUGUUGACGUAUGGCAGUUGUCGGCCACCAUACAUAACGUCAAAAUCCGUCGCGUAAAUGAAAAAAAUGCUUUAAAGUGCCUCAGCCAUUUUACUUACUAUCUUUUAACCAAAUACGUUGCGGAGAAAAGAGAUAAAAGGCUGAAAACAGCCUUUCAUUUCGAUUUAAAAUUUCAGAUGGAGAAUGCCCUUUUCGUAGGUCUGCACCUGCAAUGACUUGUGUGCUAAAACUCCUUCAUGGUGGUAUCUCUCAGGCAAAAACGUCCGCCUAGCGGCGAGGAGCGAGGAGAGAAGUCCGUGGCCAUUUUCGAAAAGAAAAAGAAGUGUAAAGGCAGCACCUUCGUCGCUCAGAAAACGUCUGCGUAUUUAAGUUUCUUCAGGCCGCACAGAGUCAUCAAUUAAUGUGCCUUGACGGACCCCUUUUAAAUGAGCAGCCAGCAUGGCCAGUAGGCUGUUCCGGAACGGAACAACGUGAUUUGUUCUCCGCCACCCGGAACCAAACAUUUAGCGGUGGUGAGGAAAAACUUUUAUUUUUAUGCGCCAAUUUUGUGGAUCAAACAAAGUCUGCUAGCUCUAAAUGUAGUGAUAAAGACAUGGAUUGUUGUAUGUGUAGGGUUGAUCCUAAUGGAGAACCCAAUGCCAACCAACCCACCCAUCUCCUCCUCCUUCCCUAAAGUAGACUUUUCAUGACGUUAGCAUAAUCACCUGAGACCUCUUGUAAAGUUCACUAAAAUAAUAGCAAGCACCUUCGUAGCCUGUUCACAGACCCUCUACUUUUUCAUUAGAGAUCGUCCAUCUAUUUUCUCUUUGGAGAUCGUCGAUUUUGCGUAUGAAAAUAAAAGCCGCGGGGGAUAUAUUGACCAGUAGAGCAAGGGGCUCUCUCUCGCUCGCUCGCUUCGCUCGCGUGCUCGUCUAUUUUCGGAACGAAAGAGGAGUGUAAAAGCUGCACAUUCGUUGCUCAGAAAACGUCUGCUAUAUCAUUUUCAGUUCAGGCCAUACAGAGUCAUCAAUCAAUGUGCCUUUAUGGACCCCUCUAUGAGCAGCCAGCAGGUUGAUCUAGAACGGUACCACGUGAUUUGUUGCACCGCUACUCGAAACCAAACAUUUAAAGGUGGUGAGGAAAAACUCUUAUUUUCAUGCGCCAAUUUUGAUCACCUAACGUAAAUGCAGAAAACCUUACUUUUAUCAUUAGCAUGGUAGGGUCGAUGUUUGGUUAUUGCCCUACAUACCCACCUUACUAACAAGUCAGGAGCAUACCAAGGUGACUCACGACAUCUUUUCUAUGAUCGCAAUACAUUCAGCAUUACUGCUGCCACAGGCGCCACAAGCCAAGUUUGAAUAUGUGCGAGAUGCUAUACGAACAUACAACAAAGACUUGCACCGUAAAACACUUAUACCAGGAAUUUCGUUUCCGGCGCGUUACGCGUCACGCACUCCCGGAAUGUCAUCUUCCCUCGUGUUGACAGAUUGAAAACAUAUACAAACUUAACUUCGAUUUUGCCUUGAUGCAGAAUUUAGUUAGCGGUACUGUGACCCCGUCUAGCAUUUAAAUUCAGGUAAGUAAAUAACUUUUCUGAUUUUAAGGUUUCAAUACGAUUAAAACUUUUGCAAGCGAGUAUUUCGACAAUAAUCCCCUCUACUAACUGUGAUUUGAACUGCGUAUUUGUCUCUUCAUUAUGGUUUAUCGCAAAAAUCAGUUGAAAGAAUCAUGUUAAACCGCACAGAAACGCCGAAAUAUAAUCUGAAACCGUUACAACUCUGACUAGGGUUUAAAUGUCGAAGUAACUUACGUUUGCGAAGGAUUAAUAUUCCAAGCGUCGAAACUUGCUUGUUGCACGCGCUUUCCUGGUGUCAAAAUACCCUUCAGGUUUUGGUCUCUCGACGGUGCGCAUUUGGAAUGCUGCCAGAAAUAUUUUAACACAAACAACAGCAAAGGAUAUGCUUCAAUACAGUUCUUGUUUCAUAUUAAAAUUCCGUGUACCAACUGGGUUUUUACGAUGGUGAAGUUAGGUCAAAUUUGCCAUUUUUGAAAAGUGCUGAAACCGUGUUUCUUCUUGCGGCCGGUGCAGUCACAUUUAAACGGUUUAUUUAAAGUUAACUGCUGAAUUAUAAAGUAAAAAUGUGUGUCUCUUUUGUGACGUGAUUUCAUCUAGAGAUAUUAUUCCGUUUUUAUGUACGAGCGCGAAGAAAAUGCUCAAUUUUCGCUAAUUUCAUACUCGAAAGAGCACCGAUUUAGAGUUUUUCAAACUUUGCCUGAUUCCUGAAAAAAUAAAAAGCUGUUACAAGUUUUAACGUGAUUUUUGAAAUUAGGGUACUAUAGAGAUUAUUUGGGCAAUAUAUGAAGAAAUUCAAAAAUUCACGACUGUCAACCGAUUCUCGAAAAUUAGAGACAUUGGCUCUUAAGAGUUUUGGUGCCAUUAAGUGAUCAAAUCUCCGCGGAUAACCUAACAUAUCCACAACCUUGUAGCAAAUAUCUUCAUAUUUACUCCAGUUAUCAGGACACUCCAAAGCUAAAAAGUAUAAAUUAAUUGAGGCAUCUGUGACUCUUGUAACCUAAACAAUAAUGAGCAAUUAUUGGAUGAGACUGAGUAUGAUCUGAAGAAUUAUUACUAAGACCGAAUCCAAUAACCGUUUCAUUUUUCCUUUAAAAUAAUUCCUUAAAAAAAACCUUCAAACAAGCUAGAAAUACUUAACUUGAUCGAUCUACAUUUUAGGUGCCGGUCUUCGUUUGCCCCAGUGUUUCUCGACAACUUCGGAGCAGUGUACAAUGGAAUGUUUCAGUAGUCUGGCAGAUAUUCUUUAAAUAGUAGAUGUCAUCCGUCAAGUUGUAUUCUUGCUGUGUUUUUAGAUAGUGGUUCAGCUAUUCCUUCUUCGCGGAACAUGUGAAAUGUUCCGCCAUUUUGUACUGCUCUACAAAAACAAGGCAAACUCUCCCCAGAACUUCUCCGUUGCCGGUCCUUUUCUGCGGAUUACUUUGUACUGUUGACGUCACUGUUCCGGAUAUCGCAGACUUCUUCCAAAUCUGGUCAACGCUAGCUGGUUAUGAAGAAAUAACUGUAGGAAAAAUUUCUAGUGUAGACUAAAAAGACACCCGUUUGAAACUUCCCGGCUCAGAUUACUGAAUAAACCCUCGGGCGUACAAGUGGGGGGGGGGAAGGGUUGCCACCCCAAUGAGGUUUUUUGAUAUUUUUCCUGAAAGAUGAAACAUCAGCACCUGACGUUCUCAGUAGCUGUUCGUUUAUCCCUCGGGCGUUUUUUCAGACAAGUUUAGUGGUGGUCGGUUAACUAUGGUUUCGAGAUAUGAUGUCAUAAGUAGCAGGUGGUCAAUCAAUUUUUGAGUGAAAAUGCAUGUUUUUUCAACUUUUUUCAACAAUACAAGUAACUUGUGGAUGAAAUGAUACAAAGUGCGUAUUUAUGGGUUACUUUACAUGUCAAGCACAGAAAAUGACCAUUUAUCGCAAUUUUACGUAACCUGCUUUCUAAGUCUUGGUAAAAUUCAAGAUGGCGAUUGCUCUGCCUGAAUCACGUCAAACCUUUUUGCUAGGUCACCGCAGCCCAAACUUUUGAACUAGUCAAUCUUGUUGUCUCUCGUCAAACUGUUUUAUUCGAGUGCGAGCAUCCAUUUAUUGAUAAUCCGAUGGACAUAGCCGAGUCCACUGUCGCAAGCACAGGCCUGGGUUCGAAACCAUAUCCUAGCAAUCUGCGGCGUAUGUUCAACAAAUAUCUCACUCGACUCGAGCAGAGUCUUUCUCGAGUACGCCAAAAUCCAGCAAGAGAAAGAAAGACGCUGCGGGCAGAGUGCAACGCCUCUGGCAGCUGGAGGCGUCGGGACAUAUUCAAACAAAUAGCCUGGAAUUUUCGGAUAAUCUUCUGUUGUCUUAGUCUCCGUGACUCCAAUAACAUUAAACCUAGUAUUGAAGUUCGUCUAAUAAAUGAACCUGGAAAUCAUCAAGAUUGUGCUUUAAACUUCUUACAAUAUUAUGAAGGAAAGAGAAGGUUGAGUUUGUUGCAUAUGAGAUGGGUAUUGCCAACUCAUACCAUGAGAGCUUUUUUUGAAAUAUAUUUUUCAUAAGAAUUUGCGUCGGCGUAAUUGAGAACAAUAAUAUUUACAAAGAUCCAUAUAGAAGGUAGGGAAUUUUAAGAUAUAUUUAAUCGACAACAUUCAAGAUGACAGUAUAAGAUAAGACUCGUCUGUAACUAAAACUUCCCGCCAAAUUUCAGCUCAUUUCUUACAAUAUUAUUCUUCCUUAUGAACGAUCAGAAGUGCCGAAUGCAAGCAUUACAAAUCUUGUGGAAAUUUCCUUAAAGUUCUUCUUCAUUAUAUUUCUUGUCAACGAGUGCCAUUUGAAAACGAACUGAGCUUGUUGUCUUUUUUCGCAGAUCAAAGAUGGAUGUUCUUAAAACAAUUAUCACUGUUUCCUUGAUCUUGUUCCUGGUGAUAAUAAAAUCUGAGCAAAACAUUCAAGGUAACAACUAGUAUAAUUAUUGUAAGUGUAAAUCAAUUUCAAAUCAUAAUUGUUUAUUCUACCAACCUUAAAUGGAAAUUGAUUUAGCGAUUGUAUGUUUGAAUUCAUUCUCUGUAUAAACUGGAAAAGUGUUCUUUGGUGCCCUUGAAAGCUCUAGUACUGGCGUCCCUAGUUGCUCAAGUUCCAGUGAAAUCGCGUUGCAAACAAAGAGGGGUUUUCUGUGGUUUUCCUGAUUGUUUUAGGGUGGUAACCAUAUUGAUGUGCAUCAUGGGAGAUUUACAAAUUCACUGGAAUUUUCGCGUCUGCUCUAACAACCUGUGAUCAAUUUCUCUGCGCCGUGAAAAAUGUCGGUACCGAAGCAGGCUCAGCACAGACCCCAACUGGAUUUUAUAAGGGAAACAUCAUGAACUUCGAACGAUCAAAGUUCAAUUUGCUGUGCUAUUCAUCAAAGGAAGUCCUGAGAAUCGAUUUCUUGUGAAUCGAUUUCGAACUGGUUCAAGAUGGGCUCGGUCCUAAAGGCCAAAAGAUCUACGACAACUUUGACUGGUUUGAAGGUGACGAUGUAUUACGACUACGAACUGCGGUAUCCGGGAUGAACCGGUUAGAGAGAGCAGUAAGUCCAGAGUGUAACGAAAUUGUUGCUUCUAAAAGGAAUUUAAAGAACAAGUGCAAAAACCUGGAGAGACAACCCCUGUAGAGACUGCAAUUAUGUAGACGAAUAUUAGACAAGGUGGAGAUCAUCUUUUUACGGUGUAUCUGAUGAACAACAGAAAAAACGAUUCCUAGGAAAGGUGGCACCCUGGCAAGAGGUGAAGCUGUUAACAUUGGCAAGGCUUAUGAAAGUACUAAAAUUAAUGUUCAAAAGUACCAGGGUAGUGCAAACCGACCUCCCGCAAAGGAGAGCAUAAAAGCUGUUUUUUAAAAAAAGCCUAAGAAAGUCCUCAAGUGUAAUUACUGUGCCAGCAAAAUGGGAGCUCAUUGCUUUUCAGGCAAGAAACUCGACCCCACCUAGGGAACAGUCUAUAGAAAGUGACAGAUCAAAAAUCACCACCAAGACUCAAAGAUCGAUCAAAGAAGAGCAAACAACUCCAAAAAGGGAUACAAGAGAAACACUCAGAUCACAAACAAUCAAAGUCAUCCACAAAACAAUUUGUACUGAGAGUGGAAGAAGAUGGUGAGGAUUCACUAUUAACAAGUUCUUGACGAAAUUUGUGUACUUAACCAGAAAACUGUGAUCACAAGAAAGCUUUUGCAAGCCUACUAUAUUGCUGUCCGUUAAGAGAAGGAUUCCUGUUAGCUAACAGAUAGACUCUGGUUCUGCAUGUAGCAUUCUCCCUGUGCGGAAUGUGUUCAAAGACAUCAGUGGAGUCUAUAAUCGCAAUGCAAACAAGCCUGCUCUUUCUAACUAUGAUGAAGAAACCAUGAGUUUAGACACUGGGAACCACAAAAGUCUUUGUCAGGAGUAAAUCCUGAAACCAAUGAAGAAGUGAUUAUUCAGUUUAGAAUUGUUGAAAGAGACAUAGCAACCCUCAUUGGCCUGAACGACUAUGAAACCCUCAGACUUAUUGAGGUCUUACGGAGAUCUAGAACAUUAUUGCUGUACCAGGGCCAGCUAAACCCUCCAACUGCUAGUGAAUUGUGCCAACACCACUCCCCUUGAAGACCGUUCUGACCGGACGACUACCCUCAAGUCUUUGAAAGUAUAGGAACGUUUGACGGCGAACUACACCUGUACACAAGUAAUAAUGUCAUUCCGCACAAAAGAGCUUUUAGAGAGAUCCCUCUUUGUGUUUUAAAAAAAAUUGUUGCUUAAGUAAAAGACCUCCAACAGCAAGGUACACUAUAAAAAGUGACUGAGCCCACUAAAUGGGUGAGUGCUCCUACAGCUGUAAACUGCAAACCUUCUACUAAUAAUGGAAUUAGACUCUGCAUAGGCAGUAGACCACUGAACAUCGCACUCAAGCGAUAUGAGUAUCCAAGCUCAGCUGUUGAGCAUCUGCAUACAGAAAUUGGCAAUGCUAACUAAAGUAUUUUCUUUAGCUUUUAUCAAGACUGCCUGUACAAUUAGAUGCAGGAAGCCCCUUGCUGACAACCUCUUGAGCGGACGAAUGCCUUUGGCAUCAGUGUAGCAACUGAAGAAUUUCAGAGAAUAAUUGAUGAGAAUCUAGCAGGAUUGGAAAGUGUAAAGGCUAUAGUCGAUGACAUCUUGAUCUGGGGUGAAGAUGACAGCUGUGAAGAAGCAACAGCUAGCCAUGACAAGAAAUUUCCUGCCUUGUUAAAGCGAUUCCAGCGGAAUAAUAUCAAACUUAAUAAGGAAAAGUUCCGGCUGAAGAAGACUGAACUGUUCUACAUGCAUAUGGGUGUGGCCUAACAGACAAAGGAUAUAUACCUGACCCCAAGAAACAAGAUUGUUUUGUGUCCAUACCUGCCCCAACCAACGACGAUGAAUUGAGAAGACUACUUAGUGAUGUUACCUACCUCUCACGAUUUUCAGAAGAUUUUUUAACCACUGAGAGCUCUGCUGAAGAACAGCAAUGCAUUUAUCUGGCAAUAAAAUAAACAGAAAGCCUGGAGCUGUAGGGUCCGUCAAUUAAGCUCGCUUGAUGAAAUACAGACCCUCAUUUUAAACCCAUGAUCAUUUCAUUAAUGCUCAAAAAGUGACCUACCACUGCUGAAAUACUUCGAUGUGGCUGAACAAGUGGAUUAGGAGCCUGCCUCAUGCAAGGCGGCCAAUUUAUACACUUUGCAUCGAGAGCAUUAACUGACACUGAAAAAUGCUACAGCCAAAUUUAGAAAGAGAAGCAAAGUAUUGUAUUUCGGCUCACUAGAUUUCAUACAUUAACACUUAUGAGUAGGAAAGUGACAGUCAAUAAUGACCACAAAAGGCUCUUGCUGCCGUACUGAAGAAACAUGUUAAAGGAGAGCUUGUUUGAUGGCUAUACAGCGAAUUCUUUGUAGAAUCAGGGGAUACGACAAGUAUGUUAAAGGCAAAGACCUCCUUAUUGCAGAUGCGCUGAGCAGAUCUCAAACAACUAACCAGAACCGAAGCAAGAUGGAACAAGAGAUUGAAACGACCAGACUAGUUCACGAAGAUCAAAGCUUAUAACAAGCCGCUUAGCCGAAAUUUCAGAAGCAACUCAGCAGGAUACGGACUUACAAUUUGUAAUCCACCGUACUGAUCGAUUUGCUGGACAUUAUACAAACGAAAUGUUCGUGUUGAACAUGUCUAAAUAUGAUGGUGGGCGUUGGCGUUCGCCACUAUCAUCCAAAUUCCCGUCUGCCAUCAGCAACCUGACCUUUCUGACAUAUCCGUCGUCACUUGGAUACACCUGCACUACUUUGCCAAGUGGCCACUUGUUGCGCUUGCUUUCACUUUCCUUAGAGAUGACUAUAUCACCAACAGCAAGGUUUCUCUUAGGCUGGACCCACUUUUGCCUGACUUGUAACAUUUGAAGAUACCCUCCCCACCAUCUCAGCCAGAAUUCAUUUGCAAACUACUGAACUGUUCUCCAACGUCUACUACAAUACAUAUCGGCUCUUUGAAACUUUCCUGGGGGCGGUAGCACUCUUUUAGGUUUCAUAGUAAGAAGAUGGUUAGGAGUCAACGGCUCUGGCGCUUUUGCAUCACAUAAGUUAUCGACGCUGAGGGGUCUUGAAUUAAUAAUGCACUCGACUUCUGUCAAGAGUGUUCGCAAUGUCUCCUCAUCAAGUUGGCUGCCAGCUUGUAACAGUAGCGGUUCAAGUGCGUUGCGUACUUUACGAAUCAUACGUUCCCAUGUCCCGCCCAUGUUACUAGAAUGGGGUACGUUCAACUUGAAUGGAAUCCACUCGCAAAUAGUCUUUAACAUGUUCUUGAUUCAUCUCACAUAAUGCUGCUUUCAGUUCACUUCGUGCACCAAUGAAAUUUGUCCCUUGGUCGGACAGCUCUUGGGCAGUUGUUUCCAAUCAGGAUAGAAAUUUCUGCAUCUGGGUGGUACGGUGUCAACUUAUCGGCGAUGGGCUUCAGAUGUUGCCAUUCCCUAGCCACUUCAGGUUUUGGAAUCUGCGACCGGUUAGCUGAAACAAGUUCCCGGGUGAAGGCUACUGGCAUCUUCACUACACAUUCUCUAUGGUAGUCAAGAAUCUCUAGCCCAGAUAUCUUUUUAGUUUUCACACGGGCAUUUUGCUGCUGCAUUGUGGUCAACAGAAGCUCGGUUGAUGGGCCUUGCAGUUUAAACCGUUCACAAAGAGUCUCAGACACAAAAGUGACAUUUGAAUGAUCGUCGAGGACUGCAUACUGCAAGAUUUCCUUUUCUGGCUCUCCCACUGGCCUGACCCACACCGGUACUAUCAUGGUGUGAUCAAAUCCACCGCUUUGUUCAGGAAUUAGACAUACACUCAUACAAUUUGAGAUGGCAGCAUUGUCUUGUUUUAGUUCCUUUUGAAGGCAUGUGGGAUGUGUUCCUGAGUAUGUUUUCAUUUUGCAUUUCAACCUCUCCUUGCAGUUCGCUACCUGAUGACUCUUACUGGCUGCACAACCCAUACAAAAACGUUCGCGGAAGAAGAAGUCUCUCCUUUCACUGAAAGGCUCUCUAAAGAAAUCAGCGCAAUCAUCUUACUUGUGCUUUGCACCACAAAACAGACACUUCGUCAAACCAUUUGGACCAGGGUCCUUUGAUUUACUAGAAUUAGUGGGGUCUGAUUUACUGUUACCACCACCCUUAGCUGAUGUAGAAGGAGAACUACCCUUCUCGUUAUCUGGUUUCAGCUUCGGAUUUCUGUUAAAUCUUGGACUACUUGAUGUGGCGAGGCCUUCUAACUCGGGGAUGUUUGCCUUUUCUGCUGCUUCUCUGAUGAAAUCUGCAAACUUAACAAAGGUAGGGUAACUGGCUUCACCAUGGGUAUGUCUCCAUUGUUUAAUUGCAUCUCUCCACUUGGUUUCAAGGUAGUAGGGUAACUUUGAUAGUAACUUUACAUUCUCCUUUGCAUAGGCCAGUACAGAAAGACUUGGAAUGGUGUUCUUUGCUGCUAAUACCUUGUCUAACAUGUCUGAGAACUCCCUUAAGGCACUGGCAUCCUUGGGUCUUAUCUUAGGCCACUUCUCCAACUUGUUAAUAAAUGCUGUACUCACAACAUUACAGUUUCCAUACCUUUCCUGCAAUACAGACCUAGCUUUCUGAUAAUAAUCUCCUGUCCCAAUCAGAAGAUAAUGUUCCACAACUUGCUUUGGCUUUCCAGUUCCAUACUGAUUCAACAUAUUCCGCUUGAUGUCUGCUGCCAGUGGUCUAGAGUCAACUAGAGCAUUAAAGGCACUGUUGCACACAGGAUAUUGCAGGGGGGUCUCCUUCAAAUACUGGAAUGGUCAGUUUUGGAAGUUGUCCAGAAACAAACAGUUCUUUACUCAAAGUACUUUGUUCUAAGUUAGCUUCUGUUAACUUGUCCAUACACCUUUCUAAUGAUGAAGCAACCUUUUCCCACCCUUCACAGAAGGAGUUAACUUGACCCUGAGGAUGAACAAAUUGGUAACUUGAAGGGGAAUUCAUAACUGUUGUCGUAAUUGGUGAUGGACCACUUAUGGAGUUAGUUACAACAGGAUCAGUUUUUGCCGACGAGAAAACUUGUGUACAAGCUGCUUCUGUUUGAAUGGGAAGACCAAGUUCAGGUUCAAAAUGACGAACAGUAAAUACUGACUGUGUUACGGCUCCCGGUAAGAAUGAUGGAGCAGAAGCCUGCGAACCACAUGUUGUAGACUUUGGUGUGGAUGUUGUUGUCAAAACAGGUGUUUUGGAAACAUGUACUUUGGACUGAACUGAUGUAUUAGUCUCAUUUGCACGGGUAGUUACUGUUAGAGAUUGCAAGAAUCUUUUCACUCCUUCGCCUUUACUAUCACUAGGAAGAUUGCCCAGAUCUUCUUCAAGGGAGGGUGUUUGCUCAUUAUCAAUCUCUUUGCAUACACUUAACUUGGCUCUACUAAGUUCAAGUUCCCUCUUAAGUUUGAAUUCUUCCAGUUUCUGCUCCUGUUUUAACCUUUCUAUUUCUAGGGCCUUUUCUUGUUCCACAUAGGCUAGCUUCACCUUCAAAGCAGCUUCUUCCUGUAGAAGCUUAUAUUUAUCUACUUUAGUUGAAAGUACACUGUCUGAACUUGAUUUUGAGUUGACACUUUUGGUUGUUUUACUCCUCUUUGAACCCUUAGAAAUGACAGAAUUAGACUCCAAAACUGUUUGUUCCAAAUACUUUAUCUCAUCCCUCAAAUCCCUUUCAAAAUCAGACCACUCACCACAAACUUGCUCCCAGAUGUUCCUGACCUUUGCUAACUCAUCGUCUUGAACUGUUUCCAAAAUGUCAUUAUAUGCAUCCACAAAUUCAUUCCACAGAACCUGUGCCUUACUAAGCUCUUGCUUCCACUUUGAUAAUUCAUUACAAUGUCCCCGAAGCAACAGUGUUUUUCUCUGUAUUCCCGUAAAACUUGACCUUUUAUUCUUGAAAUAGUUCAACUUUAUAUCGUUUUGAUAGGAUUGACCCUUUUCGGUUAGCUUCCUGAUACGAACUUCCGACGAAUGCUGUUCAUUUUCCACAUGGAAAAAUCCUUUGUUUUCGGCAUUCUCCGAUAGAUCAACAAUUAAAGGCGAAGACUUCUCCCAAACAUCAUCCAAACAAUUAUUUGAAGCGGAACUUACCACCUCACCACAAACAUCCGACAUUGAAUCCUCAGGAAUAUCACUCAACUCUCGAGACAUGACGAGUACUAAGUCCAAACCAAAGGCGAUCAGAACUAACUUUCUACAAAGGCUUACACCACCUGGUACCCAUUCAAAUCCUCCACAGGUCGUCCGGCUUUCGUUAUGAACUUCUUGUUGUGACAGCGAUGACUUUACGGUGGUUAAAAGCUUCACCAAGGACCAUUAAGUUGUUAUUGUGGCUGCCCUCGAAAGUCUUACUUGGCAUCCGAAGGAGUUUCGUUGUUAUUCACAAGAAAAAGAGAAAAACUUGAAUCGUCAGAUCUUUCCUUUAUCUCCAAAUAAUCUUUAACUCUUCAGUUCUUCAGAUAACAACUUAGUCUGCCUUACACGAUACGGAUGAGCGAAGGAUUACAUGGAUUGUAAACCUAAAUCACACAUGUGAUAAACAAGAACAUGGCGGCAACUAGCACGAGUCCUAAGUAAAAUCGUAACAACCGCUGACCAUAAAUACUGGAAACUCCUUACUACAGCACUCCUGUAGUAACAGCAUACUUUGUCGAUAUGAGUUUCCAUAGACAACAUCGAAUCAAACCAAGCACCAAGAUUUCUUACGCAAUUCACGGGUUCUAUAUCCAUUGUUUCAACUCUUAGAGGGAGUGGUUCGACUUUGCUCAGUUGUUGACGAGUACUUAUUGGCGGAAAUUCCGUCUUCUCAUCAUUCAGUAAUAGACGAUCGCUAACCAUCCAGUGCCGUAUGUCCUCUAUACAUCUUUCCAUCGCUUGAAUGGCAUCAGUGUGAGACAACAAUCCAUCACCUGGUCUAAAGCUUAGAUAUAACUGAGAAUCGUCAACUGAAAUUGCGCAUAUGGGCAAAGAUUCAAUCCUCAGGCGUGCCAGAAGAUCUUUAUGGUGACCAAGGGAUGAACAAGCAACUGAAGCAGUUCAUUGAUAUAUGUGAAGUCUGCAACGCCUUCCAUACUAAGAAACAACAUACCCUGGUCAAAAGUUGGGUCUGAUAUUUUUUAGUGGAACACUAUCUGGUUUUAGUUGACUAUUAUGGACAUGUCAUCGCCUUGCCCCAGGGGUAGGACCCCUGGCAAACCAGCUGCAGGAGAAUAUGUCGGGGAAUCCUUCUCAACCUUUGUGAAAUCUAGAGAUUUUCUCGCGACAAAUCGCAGAGGAGGAGGCAGCUUGGCAGAGUGGUUAGGCGCUGGACUAUCAGUUGGGAGGCGCCGAGUUCAAGUCCCGCCCUGACUGCUAGCUGGAUUUGUUUACUGUAGUUCCCAGUUCAAAUCCUCGACCACGCUUUUAAAUAGCCAGCUGGUUUGCCUCCUGCCAGUUGGGAUUCGUAACCUGUUAUGUUUGAUUUUAAUUAUUUGUUUCAGUCAUUUUCUCGACCCCACUAACAUAAGUGCUAUAAUUUAAUACUACCGAGGGUAAAUAAAGAAAUUGUUAUUAUUAUUAUUAUUAUUAUUAUUAUUGUUAUUAUUACUACUGUUUACUAUAAUUAUUACUGUUGUUUACUAUUAUAGAAACAUUGGCGAGAAAACGUGCCCAGCAUACUUAUCAGUUGCAGCACGCGCGCUAUGGAUGUGUUAAAGUACAGUUCCUGUUGCCGAUAAAAUUCGGAAAACUAAGGAAAUAUAAUGAAUAACUGUAGUACUUACUAAAUGUAAAUUCACUACUAUUAGCCAGUUGUAAAGAGAUUUUCUUUCGAAUAUAAUACCGUUGCUCAUUUUCAUUAAACUGGGGAGAGUAUUAAUUUCCUGUCCUUCUUUGUUGCUUCAUUUUGCAGAAUACUCCAAUAACAUAAACCAAAAAAAGGACAAGAUAAAUGAAAAGCAGAACACAACCAAGAAAUUACUGGAGGAAUUUGUCAGAGAGAUUGACGUCAGUUGCGGUAGGUAGCUAGCUAGCUAACUAGCUAUCUGUAAUAGCAUUAUUCCGUAUAGUCGAUCCGGCCAAAUAUUAUUUUGAGAGCGUUGCGCUGUACAGACUCAAUUAACUCGUCCAGAUAUAAAGGGAUCGCAGCCCAAACUGGCGAGGCGUACUCAACAAUGGAUUUAACAAUACUACAGUAGACUAACACGAGAUCGUUAGUGCUCAGUCCAACUCUCUUGAGGGUCCGCAGCACAAACAAUCGCUUUGUAGCUUUUUUAUCGAUACUGUCACAAUGUUCGUUCCAAGAGAGGUUAUCAGAGAUCAUAACCCCCAAGAGUUUAUAACUAGAUACUCUAUCAAUGACUAUAGCAUUAGGCUGAAUCGGUGUUAUAACAGUGGGUUGAUACUUCAAAAAAUUGAUAACCAUAUGUUUACAUUUUUUCUCAUUAAGCUGCAUGUUACGCAUGGAAGCGUAGGUGUUAAUAUUUGCGGCGAUACAUGGAAGGUAGCUAGGCGAACAUCGAGGAAUGGAUUCAAAUACCGAGGUGUCAUCAACGUAUUUAAUCCUAUAUCUCUAGUCCCUACACAGAUUGUUCACUAAUAUGGCGAACAGCAAUGGCGCGAGUUUUUUUUCCUUGUGGUAUUCUCCCCCAUUCGGUGUAACUGGAUGCGAAUAAACCUGACCGAUUCGCACUCUUUGUGAACGGUCCGUUAAAAAAGAGCCGAUCCAUGUGAUAGAGGCCUCAUGCACGCCCAGCAGCUCCAUUUCUUGGAUAAGGAUAUUGUGAUCGACUAAAUCAAAACCUUUACUGAAAUUAGUAAAGAAGAUGCGUGGAUAAGUGUCACCUUGGUCAAGAGCCUCAAGGAUGACUUGGAGGAAGAAAACAAGAGCGUGAGUUGUGGACUUCCCUGCCAGGGCAAACUGGUGGGUGUCGAGCUUGUCACAGACUUGCUUGAAGAGGGAAUCCAGCGUAAGCCCUUCCAUGACCUUUGCAAUAUGGGGCGUGAGAGAAAUAGGUCGAAGAUCUUGUUCAACUACUUUGGGUGGCGAACAUUUUGGAACAGGGACAACUUCGGAUUGCUUAAGAAACACAGGGACGUAUCCUUGUACCAUCAAGCAUUAUAGAUAUUAGAGAUGACUGGUGAAAGUUCAAAAGCAAACUCUUUCCAGACUUUCCACGGGAUGGGAUCAGGCCCCCCUGACUUGUUCGAUGCCUCUCAGGGCCUUGUAUACCAUAUGUGUGUCAACCAGCAGGUGUUCAGGGACCGGGAAAAAUGAACCAGGGAUAAUUUGGGGCAACGGCACGAAGUCAGCAGUAAGACCUGCCAAAAAGGUGUUAAAGCUGUUAGCCAGCAACUCAGUGCACUCUAAUUGAUCUCCAAGCAUUUGCUGCACCCAACUUUCUUCAUCAGUCGUCUGAAAUGUUUCAAAGGGAAUUAGUACACUGGUGCGAAUUUCCGCACUGCAUGAAGGAUUUUCGAACUGGAAAGCUUCGCUACGAUUCCAUCAAGGAAGAUCAACUUUAUUUAUGAUUUCACAAUCCCUUGUCGAGAUAAUGAUUCUCAUCAUCGCAAUCUAAGUAAGGGUUAUUGGCCUGAAGAGAGGGAUUAUGUGAUUUAUUCCCCUCGUGCGUUGCCCGAGGGGAAUAAAUCACAUAACCACGAGCUGAAGGCCGAUAAACGGCUUAUUUUUACAUUGGCGAGGAUUCCUCAAGGGAUACAAUAAUACAUUGACGAAAAAUGCCUCUAUUGUUCAUAUUUCUUUUGUUUUUUAACACUCCAUGCUGGCACCGGUGGAAUUCACAAGUUCCUCGGCUUGGCUAGCAGUGAAUGCUAGAAACAGCCUAAAGAGUCAGAAGAAGAGCCGUUUAUUACUCAAACUAAAGCAGCUUCGGUGGCGGUAUUGCAAUUAAGCUUUCGGAAAACAAUUUUGAAUCUUCAUUUGCGGAUGUAGAAAACGAGCAAGCAGUUGACAAUUUCAAUUUUCGCACCGACGAUCUUUCGACCGACCUGCAUGUUUACAGACAAAGAAGAUUCCGGGCGAGGGAUCACUACAAGGAAAUUCAGUCGAGGAACGAAGCAAGAAUACCACAAAACACGAAGAGGUCAACUACAUCACGACUACAUGUCUUCAUGGAGUAGGCGAGUUUGGGAUGAUUGGUUAAAGAACGGAACACCUUACCCUAACAGCGACACUUUCGUGGAACCGUAGAAUAUUAAAGACGCUGUUCAGUUUGGGACUGUGGUUCUGGCUGUGGAAAUCGAUGAACCAACAACUAAGAAACCCGUAAAUGUGGCGCAAAAGAAACGCUGCUCAAAUUAGUUUUAGUAAUUAUAGCGUCGUGUGUAAUAUUUCCGAUAGACAUUUGUGAAUUUUUUCUGUAUGAACAGCUAACUGAAAUGCGAGAGGAUUAUGUAUUAAUAUGCAAGGAGAUAAGUGACUUAUCCUUCUUGCAUAUUAAUACAUAAUCCCCUCGCAUUUCAAUUAGCUGUUCGUUAGCCCCGCUCUUCCCUUCAAACAAUCAAAGCCGCACCCAGCUUUUCAGACAGUUGAUUCGGGGGUUAUGUAAUAUAUUCCCCCCCAAAAGAACAAAGGAAUCCGAGCUUAUGUAAAAAUAAGUGUGAUUUAUAUCGUGCAGAAUCUAUUUCAUCAGGGGAAAGGUAGUCGUAGUAUAAGCCUUGACAGUCAUUGUUUGGUGUUAUUCAAGAAUCCACGAGACAAAUUGCAAAUCGUGACUCUGGCCAAGCAAAUGUAUCCCGGGCAAACUGAUUCUUUUUAAAUCAGUACGAAGAGGAUGUUAAAAAUACCGGAUUGAUCUGAAAACUACUACCCAGGAUAAUUAUCGACUGCGAGCAAACGUCCUGCCCAGUGAAGAAGGCUUUAACCAGGCAGGGUUUGAAGAAAAUAUUCCUGAAGAGCCUCUAAAAUAUCUAAAGCAGGAAACUCUUUCGCCUGUCCCACUUCUCCCAUGCAAGAAAUACAGGGCAACAUGGAUGACGUGCUUUCUCGAAACGAUCUUUGGGACGAUGAGAAAGCUAAGUGAUACUUUCAGUUGCAAAACAGAUACCUGUCUUUUAAAGAACAAUUGAAUACAAGAAUACGAUCGAAAUAAAUAAUCAGUGGUGUUCCAGAAUUAACAUCACGCACACAACAUUCUUCGACAUCAACGACAGCAGUGUUCACUCCCCUCAACCCCUUGAACGUAACACCACAGGCGGCCCAGACGUAAUAUGUGCCAAAUGAAUAAUAUAUCAUUAAUAUUCACAUGGACAAAAUAGAUGAGUCGUCGAAACUCCCAUGAACUUAAAUAGUCCAAAAGUCAAAAUAUAACAAAACAAAGGUAAGAUACCUUUAACUGAACGUAUACUUGUCUUUCCUGGCCGGUUAAAGUGGCAUUUUGUUGAGUUUUGCAAUUGUAGGUACUAUCCACUAAAGAAGAAUUAAAGGCUGGCUACAAAACAAACGGACCAUCUCCACGCGCCUUCACGCGAAGCGCUAUAAAUUAGAGAAUAAUCGACGAAUCCGCUCCAAAUUGCCAUCGGCUAAUCUGCAGGUAGCGUGUACUUCUGCUUCUUGCUCGCUGGCUCCACAAAACCGAUCGCAAAUGCACAAUAAUCGCUCGCUUAUCAACAAACACUGUUGACCCUUACGCUUCGAUAUGACCGCAAACUACCAGAUUUAAUACGCGACGUGAAUAUUCAAGCUUAGCGACCACGUCCGCGCGACAAUGCAACACUUGCUAUGGGAGGGAUGGUACUAUUCCUUCUAGGUCAAUCGACACUGAGCGAGGGUCCGCUGCGUUAGUUUUGGUUAGAAAACAAAAGGCGAUCGCGCGACCGUCCGUACGUUUUCAACAGGGCGGCCCUGGUUUUCAAGUUCGAAUUCUUCGAACGUUCGCUGUCACAGCUGCUGUCACAUUGUUCGUCCGCCCGCUUGCAUAGGUUCUUGACUCUACUAGACCAUGGGCUCCUGACUAGACCUAUUUCCUUAGAUUAACUACAUAAACAGUUCUUUCCAGAACUACGUCUUAUUCCACAAUAUGUUGCCCAAACUGGUGAGGGAGGACGAGGAUUUUCCGCCCAGGAAAAAGGCAAAAUCUGGCCUCGGCUAUGCAGCUGAAUAGAAGAUACAGCUGAAGAUAUUGUAAAGUAAAAUUUAUGUGCGCGAUAUCUUUUUUUAUUAUUAUUAUUAAUUUCAAAACUCCGGGGCACCCAACGACGGUUUCCUCCAAAAUACCCUGAAAACACUUUUUAGGCUAUCCAGGGUACUUUUAUAUCUCUAGAAAUGCAUUCUCAGCGGUGCUAGAAAUUUUGCAUCUGUUCUGUCAUCCUAGGACAACCGAAGACUUUUCGAAAUUAUUAGGGCUUCAGUAUUACUUUCGAGAAAAUUUUAGAUGUAACUUAACGUUUUACAAAGUGAGAAUUAAUCUACUUCUUCUCUUCAUCGCAUUUUUGAAUCCGAAAAUUUUAGGUUUCCUUUUUCUACGAAAAAAAAACCAAACCUGGGGAGUGAAAUGGGAAAAAUUAAACUUCAGCAAAUCGUCUGGAAUUUGCUAGGAAAGCUUCCAAAAUUGUACACGAAUGGAGCAGUCACCUAGAAAUUUUUAGCCUUCCUCAAGUAAUAGAAAAUUUUAAGCAAUAUCUGCUUCCAAUCUCCGAACAGAUAUUUUACAGAAAACAGUCGUUGGAUGCCCUUCACCAGAACUGUGAAAAACAACAAUAGGUCUAAUUGCAGCACACUUUCUUGUACAUUUCCUUGACGUUGAUUUGCAUGACUGCAACGUGAAACGUCCAGGAAACGUCCUGGUUUUCACUUUUUAGGGAGGAAAUGUGGUACAAGUUCUUGUUCACUUUUUCCACUGCCGCUCAUUUUUUUUUUGGCUCCGCUCAACUCUGCUAUAAAAUUCUCAUCUGUUCGGUGAUCCUAGAGCAAAUUGGAUCUUUUUGAAAAUUACGAGGGCUUCAAUAUUAUUUUUCCCGAUUGAUUGACCUAGAAUCAAUAGUACCAUCCCUCCCAUAGCAAGUGUUGCAUUGUUGCGCGGACGCAGUCGCUAAGCUUGAAUAUUCCCGUCGCGUAUUAAACCUGGUAGUUUCCGGUCAUAUCGAAGCGUAAAGGUCAACAGUAUUUGUUGAUGAGAGAGCGAUUAUUGUGCAGUUGCGAUCGGUUUUGUGGAGCCAGCGAACAAGAAGCAGAAGUACACGCUACCUGCAGAUUAGCCGAUGGCAAUUUGGAGCGGAUUCGUCGAUUAUUCUGGAAUUUAUAGCGCUUCGCGUGAAGGCGCGUGCGGAUGGUCCGUUUGUUUUGUAGCCAGCCUUUAAUUCUUCUUUAGUGGAUAGUACCUACAAUUGCAAAACUCAACAAAAUGCCACUUUAACCGGCCAGGAAAGACAAGUAUACGUUCAGUGAGAGGUAUCUUACCUUUGUUUUGUUAUAUUUUGACUUUUGGACUAUUUUAGUUCAUGGGAGUUUCGACGACUCAUCCUAUUUUCUCCAAGUGAAUAUUAAUGAUAUAUUAUUCAUUUGACACAUACUACGUCUGGGCCGCCUGUGUUUUAAUUAGCUGUUCAUUAGCCCCGCUCUUCCCUUCAAACAAUCAAAGUGGCACCCAGCUUUUCAGACAGUUGAUUCGGGGGUUAUAUAAUAUAUUCUCCCCGAAAAGAACAAUGGAAUCCAAGCUUAUGUAAAAAUAAACAGAAUUACUAUCUUAACUUCCCCUACUCUCUAGUUUUUCCCUACCCACAAUUCUUUCUUUAACACAAGUGACAGUUAUCAGUUUGAAAUCAGGGGGCGCCUAAAGCUGGUUUCGGUGCCGUUUAGCAGUUUACUUUUAUAUAUUUGUCACCUUGAGAGAGGAGAGCAUCAUGUAAAGCUCUGAGAUGGGACAAAGUUAAUAUAUAGAUUUAGCCACAGCUAAAAGCGAAGCUCCCAUUGAUAAAUUUAUAACUUAAAUCAAACAAUAAUUUUGUAUUGCACAAAUCAGUUAACUUGAGGGCACAUUCAUGUGACUUUUGAGGAAAAAUCUAAGUGAUUUUGGAGUGAAACAAAUCUUGUAUCGAGUUGAUAUAGCCUUAUAUGAACACCAAAAAAUAGCCUUCGGUCACAUUUAAGAGCAAUAAUGGUUCUUGAUCACAGAAGAUAAGGCGUGGAAAACAAAUCAGGCCGAAUUUUUUGCGUUCGACAAGUCUACAAAUUCUUGCCAAUAAAUCUGGGUGCCUACAAACCAAUCUUUUAUUAUUUUUUAUAGACCACAUCUGAGGAGAAAGAGUACUAUGCAUCCUCGGAGACCCAGGGGCAGAUAAAGGGGGCGAGGGAAAGUCUAAACGGGCGGGAAAAUAUAUAUGGAACGAAGAAAAGUAAAGAACGGCGAGAAGAGCCCCUGGGGACAAUGUCUUACCUGACCAGUUCCAAACAGUCGCCGCCGUUCUGGCGUCUUAUUGGUGCCAGAAAAACACAAGUUUUCUGGCACCAAUCAGAAGCCAGAACGGCGGCGACCGUUUGGAACUGGUCUGGUAAGACAUUGUCCCCAGGGGCUCUUCUCGCCGUUCUUUACUUGUCUUCGUUCCAUAUAUAUUUUUCCGCCCGUUUAGACUUUCCCUCGUCCCCACUAUCUGCCCCUGGAUGUCCGAGGAUGAGUACUAUGAGGCGCUGUUUUUAUCAUACAGACCUCGUACAAAAUGCAGUAUUUCACAAUUUUUCAAGACAAAUUGCAUUCAUUCAAUAUUCAGGACUAUCGAAGCACGCGUGGACUUUUAAUUAGCGAAACCGUUCAAAAAAUUUCCAAAAUCACCUAUACGGCCAACGAUGUGUAAUCUUAAAAAGCGUUUGAUACGCUUGGCAUUUUGAGUACUCCUGCAAGCGACGUUUAUGAACGGCUGAAAACAAACGGCGCAAAGCGAUGAAAAUUACACUUUUGAGACUACCAACAAUCAAUAAAGAAAUAUAAUUCGGUAGACCAUUUACAGAGACAACAAUUUUCAUUCUCGAAAACAAAUGAGUAUUUAACUGUCUCUAAGAAUCGUCAAGUCUUUACUAGUAAGCUUUAAGAUUAAGUUUAUGUUUUAAGCCGCCGGUUUCCCGGUUUUUUGCUGUUUUCAAAGGUGAACUCACGGCAAGAAAAUCGCUCAAAGCUUUCUUUCUACAGCCAAAGUUAUAACUAAAUAUUCUUCGGAACGUUUUUUCUUUCUAUUUACGGUGAAUUAAUAUCGACUAAAGGGUUUUGAAAGUUCUAUAAGCUUAAGCUUAUGUGUAUAUAUCAUACCUCAUACUAGGUCAGAUCAGUGUCUCAGUCAAAUAUUAAUACAAACGUGCAUAAACUAGCUUCAUAAACUGCGCUGCUGUACUUUAUGAAAUUAUAUUUCAAUAAAAUAAUUACUCAGGCUUACCAUAUUUCGAGAUGAAGCUCCUGAAAGCUAUCAAGUAAGGCAAGGAUCGCUUGAGCCUUUAUAAUUCUCGUACGCAUCCAACAAGGUGAAAAACAAAAACGAUGCCAUCCGAAGUCGGGUUAUCGGCUUUGACAAGCGACGAAUUUCUCAACCAAAAACCCAAUAAACAAACCAGCCAUGAAUAAGAGAACACUCUUGAUACCAGCUGUAUUUCAUUUUGUACAUCCAGCGGAAAAAGACAGUUAAAAACAUCACAAGUUGACUCAAAACUCUGUCAGCUUCAGCUGUCGAAGUAAACAACUUUCAAGAUGCUGCAUAAAUUUUACGCAUGAACUCACCUGUCAAAUUUUAACCAAUCAGAGCAUAAAAAGUGGACAUGGAGGGUGACCAAUACGUGACCAUGGUAAGAAAAGGUCUUCCCCGCCUGUAUUUUAAAAAAACUGGCUUAAUUUUUGCGUCUGAGGUCAGUUUGAAAUUAAAAUCGUAAUAGUGCGGGGCGAUACUGACAUAAACACAACAUAUUUGAUAUGAAUUUUUUAAAAAAGUAAACGUGAGCCUUUGAUCAUUUGAAAACGGAUAACUUGAAAAAAAUACUCGACCUUGAUGGGUCGACACCUGAGCCCACGAUACGGUCAGGUGAUACUGGUCAGCGGAUACCCUGUUUUGACAGCUGUCAAUUGAUGACAACAUUGAUGUGCAAUCAGCUUUCUCCUGGGCUCCCAAAGUAGCUAGAAAGUGUGAGAGUAAACAUUGGUAUGCCUGUGGUGCGGACGGACGGUCGGUCGGUCACGUGAUUACCAAAUUUUCUGGGAUGGGUAGAUUUAUUUACCCAUGGUGCUCCGCUGGCGCGCUUCGCGCGUGGAGCUCCGCUUUUACGAUUCGUAGAGUCUGCAUCGUCCAAUAUCGUGUUAUAUUCUCGUUUCAUUUGGCUUAACGGAUCAAUCACCCUGAUCCGGGCUGAGACAGAAUGGUACGAUUUUGUUCGCUUUUGUAAGGUGACCACUAAGUCUUUGGCCUCGAGAACAGGCUCUUAGGAGUGAAAUGAAUUAGGUGAGAGCAAAAUUGCAGGUGAACUUUGACCCGGGCCAAGACGUCGUUUUUUCUGGUGUGAAAACCAGGCUAAGGUGAUCCGCCGACCGUGUGACUCUACAUCCGGGAACUUGAAUAAGACGAGUGUAAGUAUCUGGCAAUAGGUUGAGCUUUUCCGAGUUAUUCGAUGAUAUUUCGCUUACGUUAAACGUGUGAAUAUUAUGCGUGGUUGUAGAUAGUCUUAUCAGUGCCGCGAAAGUGUGUGAAGUGGGUGAUUGUGUGAAAGCGUGUGAUCGCGUGGUUGAACUGCGGUUUGGCGAAAAUAUUCUGUGCCAGCCAUUAAUAUUGUUUGGAAAAGCGACUCUCGACUCAGGAAAGCUGGAUCUAGGUCUAGUUUCGGCGGGCUCUAAUGACAUUGAACCAUAGACCGGUUUUUGCAGAUAAGAAAGUGAUAAUUUGUGCACUACGUUUCAUUCAGUUUGUUGUCUAUUCCAUGCGGAAUCCUGUUGUUUAUUGAACCGCGAAAAAAAGUAGUGUUUUGCUAACUCUCUAAGUUGUUAUGUAAGCCUUAACCAUGCACUCUUUCGCUGCAGUUUACUCAACUUAAAAAUUUCUAGACUGAAAUGACACCGGUUUGGAACUUCGCGAAGUCAGUUUACUGAAUAAAUGUUCUAAAAUUUGCAUCAUUUUAAAUUUGGAGUUGUUGAAAUGCUUCUGAGACCAUUAACUUAUUGCCCGGCGUCAGAUAAAGGCUUUUAAUCGGCCUUUGAAUGAGUUUUAUUAUUUUCAUUGAUAUGUUUGCUCCGAAAUGGGCACGCGGGCCCCAUAAUUUAGCACGUUUUCCCUCCUGGGACCCUUGCAUUAUCCCUGGGUAUUGAGCGUGGUAAUUAAUGCUUUGCCAACAUCAGGAUCACUGAUCAGAUCGCUUUUCUAUGCGUUCAUGCCCCGAGAGUGGAUAUAUACUUGCUUUUUUGUGUGCUGUUCCGGUUUUCGUCGCUGAACAUGGCCUAGGCUAUCCUUCCUUAUGUUCUUGAAGCCGUUCGCCCGGCUGCGAUACCUCCUUCGAGUUCCCUUUUAUAGCAUGAGUCGCUUUCAGACUGGAUUUCAUGGCGGGUAUCAUUCAUAGCGUGUGUCGCUUCGAGUUGUUUCAUAGCGUACGUCGCUUUCAGUUGUUAUGGCAUGUGUCGCCUUCACGUUGGUUUUUCUUGGCGUGUGUCGCUUUUCAGUUAGCCAUUUCUGGCGUGAGUCGCUUACACUAAUUUCAUGGUGUCUUUCGUAUUUUGCUCUCCAUUUUGUGUUUAUAGCGUGUGUCGCUUAUAAGUUGUUUUCAUGGCGUGUGUCGCCUUCAGGUUGUUUUUACGGCAUGUGUCGCCUUCAGGUUGUUUUCACGGCGUGUGUCACCUUUACGUUGUUUUCAUGGGUCGCCUUCAGGUUGUUUUCAUGGCGUGUGUAGCCUUCAGGUUGUUUUCAGGGCGUUUGUCGCUUUUAGGUUGUUUCUACGGCGUGUGUCGCCUUCCAGUUAGCCGUUUCUGGCGUGUGUCGCUUUCUCUCUAGUUUCAUGGUGUCUUUCAUAUUUUGCUCAACAUUUAGUGUUCAUAGCGCGUGUCGCUUACAACUUGUCUCCAUGGCAUGUACCACGGUCAAGUUGUUUUCGUGGCGUGUGUCGCCUUAAGGUUAGCGGCAUUUCUAGUUUUAGACGUUUUCAGACUAAUUUUUAUAACGUGCUUUACACUCAUUUCUUAUUUUCGUCGCGGGUAUCGCUCUUAGGUUUCCUCAGCCUUUAUAGCGCGUACCCCUUUCAGGCUGGUUUGUUUAUGGUAUUUUCUGCUCCUAAUUUAGUUUUCGUAGUGUGUGUCACUGUAAGUCUAGUAUUUGGCAUCUUCUGCUCUUACUUAUGCAAUAUGUCGCUCCUCCCUUUUGGGAUCGUUUUUUAUGGUGUGUUGCUUCUUUUGUCCUCAUGUGCAGCGCGUCAUUUUGGUCUUGUAUUUCGCAUUUUCUAUACUUUGCGGUCCGUGUUUUUUCUGUAUGCGUGCUCCUUCGCACAUCCUCUAGUUUGUCGCGUUAUUAUUCACGUUCGUUGUUGCUUACGUUUUCUUUUCCGCAACUAGUUGCUGUAUUCGGAAAUUUUCUUCUCUAUUUCUUUGUUUGUUCGUCAAUGUUAUAGAAGUUAAAACAUUAGUUUUUUCUAGUUUAUUUCCUCGGGAAGCUUCCAUUGCCAGCACGCACGGCACGUGCUUUUAUCAUCGAUUUUUCUGGUUCGAAUUUAGAAUUCAUGAUAAUGGCAUCUCUGAUCUGUUUUGUUUACAAAUGUCGGUGCGCGAUGUACACACUUGGCGGCUCUUAAACGGAAGACGGCUGCUUUCAUCCUGUUAUUUGGAAUAAGUCAUCUGCGGUUCUAUGGCUUAGCUGCCUGUGCUGUUUUCUACGUUCCAGAUUUAUUCGGCGUUUGCCAUUUGUUGUUAGUUUUAUGGGCUUAUAGUUAUUUUCCCUCCUGGGACCCUUGCAUUACCCCUGGGUAUUGAGCGUGGUAUUUAAAUGCUUUGCCAACAUCAGGGUCACUGAUCAGAUCUUUUUUCUAUGCAUAUAUACUUGCGUUUUUUGCCCCCCCUCCUCCCCUCAGCGACGAAAACCCGGUUAUGCUGCACUUCUUUGCAUACGCGGAAAUUAUUUUCGCCCAUAUCUUAGCAUUCCCCGCGUGUGCCAAAGAGGUGCAGCAUAUCAAUCUCCUACUGUUUUUAAAAAUUGUCAAGUAGUAGAAUGAGUUGAUAUUUUUGCUAACCCGGUUUUCAAAAAUUCAGGUAUAUAGUCAUUUGUUUUAUUAUCUGCUGCAGAAAAGCCAGGAUGGGAUUCCAAGCUGCCUGCUUAUUCAUGUAAGAGCAUCCGGGACUCUGGUGACUCUAAAGGAGACGGGUGGUACUGGAUCAACCCUGAGAAGAGCGGAAACCCGUUGAAUGUUUACUGCGACAUGACAACUGACGGAGGUGAGAUCGGCUUCAACAAAAUCUGAAAUCGUGUGCAAUUAUAGCUCAUUCAAACUACUUUUCCGUUUCUGAUUGAACUAUAUUUCCCGGUUUAUUCUUUAUAAACAGCUCCCCCAUUAUCAAAUUUAAAGACAUCUAACGUCAACUGUACAGAUAACGUUUGGGACAGGGACAGCAGAAGGCGCAGUAGCUCUUUUUUUUUUUUUUUAGCAAACUGAGGAUUCCCUUAUUCUGCCAAGACCGAAUAGGAUAUGGUUUUCAGGGUAACUCAAUUUUACUAAUUUACAUCUUGAACAUGGCAUCUUUUCUGAUUGGACGCGAAGGCUGGCGAUGCGCGGUCUACAUGCCGAGGUACCAACAAUAUAUUUUAGAAAAAAAACUCUAAUUUCAUGAUGUUAAUUGAAAAAGCACCUCUAAAUUCCUUGUGUAAAACGAAGUGAAUCAAAGGUGUGAAAUUAGGUCUCUUGUCUUUAACAGGGUAGCAAAAUAAACAAUUUUUUGUCUUAAACAAGGUUAGAGUUUGAAGGGCUCGGCGACUCCUCCCCCAUCCUAAACAACCCCCCCUCCUUCGCGAGGGAUCUCAUACGUUAUGCGUAGGAGACAGCCGUUCAACUAUUUUCAUUGAUUUGUUUGCUCCGAAAUGGGCGCACGGGCCCCAUAACUUAGCACGUUUUCCCUCCUCUGACCCUUGCAUUACGCCUGAGUUUUGAGCGUAGUAUUUAAAUGCGUUGCCAACAUCAGGAUCACUGAUCAGAUCGCUUUUCUACGCGUUCAUGCCCCGAGAGGGCAUAUAUACUUGCGUUUUUUGUGCCGUUCCGGCUUUCGUCGCUGAGCAUGGCCGAAGUUCCUGUCGCUAUCCUUCCUUAUGUUCUGGAAGCCGUUCGCCCGGCUGCGAUACCUCCUUCGAGUUACCUUUUAUAGCGUGGGUCGCUUUCAUACUGGAUUUCAUGGUGGGUAUCAUUUUCCAUUUCAUUUUCUUAGCGUGUGUCGACUUGUUUCACACUGUACGUCGCUUUCAGUUGUUAUGGCAUGUGUCGCCUUCACGUUGGUUUUUCUCGGCGUGUGUCACCUUCCAGUUAGCCAUUUCUGACGUGAGUCGCUUUCACUAGUUUCAUGGUGGCUUUCGUAUUUUGCUCUCCAUUUUGUGUUUACAGCGUGUGUAGCUUAUAAGAUGUUUUCAUGGCGUGUGUCGCCUUCAGGUUGUUUUCACAGCGUUUGUCGCCUUUAGGCUGCUUUUACGGCCUGUUUCGCCUCCAGUUAGCAAUUUCUAGCGUGUGUCUUUUUCACUCUAGUUUCAUGGUGUCUUUCAUAUUUUAUUUGGAAUUAGUCAUCCGCGGUUCUAAGGCUUAGCUGCCUGGGCUAUUUUCUUCGUUCCAGAUUUAUUUAGCGUUUGCCAUUUGUUAUUAGUUUUAUGGGCUUAUAGUUAUAGUCUUCUUAAUUAUACCCGAUACUCUGUCUGUGACGGGGUUCGAUCCUGGAUCGGCCUGGUUGGUGGCUCCCCUUUUCCCCCUUAUUUCUUUUUUCCAGUUUCGGUUUAAAGCUAUCACAUGGGGUAUAUGUGCGUUGCCUUCGUGGUAAUCGAUUUCCAAUUAUUUCGCUUAGCUUUUUGGCACCGUUUAAAAUUCGGUUAAAACACAUGAGAUUCCGUCAGAUCUGAUCAUUCCUGGUGUAACUGGAAGGGGAGCCCUCCAGUUGGGCCGGUCCGCCCCCGCCUCCCUCAUCGGUCUCGGCUAUUUCUUUGGCUUUGGGAAGUCGACCCUUGUUCCCAUGCAAACGUCGGUUUUUCAGGGGUAUAGAUUUUACUUACACUGCGUUUUUGAUGCCCCUGCAUAAGAAGGUUAGACUUGCUUCUUUUCAAGGAAAUAUGCUUAGCCACAAGGACGGUAUUUCUAAGUCUCUGCAGAAGUCUGUGGGAAGAUAAACUCCUUUACACUCUUGUACCUGCCGCCAGGUUGUUUUCUCGUGCGGCGUGUUUGGCCAUAUCACUCGGCACUGGCGUCUCCAAGAGCUGUUCCCGUAGGAUGACCUUCUGAGAUUGGGGGGAAUAUGACGAUUUUUCUAAGUUUGUUGGCUUAGUGGCACCAUUCGGCGCUCGGGUAGAAAUUAUUUUCGCUCAUAUCUUAGUAUUCCCCGCGUGUGCCAUUAGAGGUGCAGCAUACCAAUGAAAAUUCUCCUACUACUGUCUAAACAUAUCACCGUGGCAAUGAAUGUCAACGGCUUGCUAAAAUAUACAUCCCGACGAAGCCUUUCGAACUAUUUUGCUUUAAGGACCAAUAAACUUUGCGGCAUUAUUAUUUUUUCUUAGCGGCAUAAACAGGCAGUGUAAAUUACCUUGAAUGGUGAACUAAACAGGCUGAUCUAAACUGUCGAAAUAGCAUAUUGUUCCUAGAUUCUCUGCAUUACGUCAUAAAAGUUAUGUAGCACUACCUUAUUAGGCAUCGCUUCGAGAUUCAUUCUGCCUCGGAACUUUCGGGCAUGACUUUAUUAUGUUGCCGCCUCGCAGCCUUGUGUCUGCUCGUUGGCAAUUAUAUGAAUAGCUGAAGAAACAAGUUGGGGUGCGUUUCUUUACAAAAAAUACCAAAAACGGAUUAUUGAUACAAAUGAUCUACAACGGGGGUGGAUCCAAAACCGGAUACUUUGGAUGCAUCAUCCGAAGCGUUUCUUUACUACGGAUCCGAAAAGAGUGAAUACAGUCGGCAGCAACUCGAAACAAUUUUAAUAUAUACAGCAGCUGUUUUGCAACGUAAAGCUGCUCAUCUCAACGGCCAUUUUUAAACUCGAGGCAUGAAUUAAACGAUUGAUUUUAUCACGCGCAAUAUUUAUCGGGAUAGUAAAAUCGCAAUACAAACGGGACCUGCAUUGUUCUAGUUCAAAACGGCAAAUCGAGACACUUCGCCGAGGCGACGUGCAACAUUUUACAAUAACGUUUCACAAUGUCGGGACUGUUCAGUCAGAUCAAUCUGCUCUAGCCUGCGUAGUAGCAGGGGUCGAUAGGGGUAGGGGAUAGAGAGGAAGGGAAAAAGGGAGGAGGAUUGGGGAGAGAGGGUAAGGGACACCCGCUAUAAGAACCCCCUUUGUUCAUUGCUGCGGACGCUGGCGUCAGCAAAUUCCUGUUUGGCUGAGCGGUGAUGAAUAACUUAUUGCCGUGUAUCCUGGCGUGUAUUAGUGAGAGACAAACAUGAUGAAGGCACCAAGGAAAUGUGUUCUACUGGCAUGAGCUUUGGAAGAUCAAAAUUACUCCAAUCAUGCAGCAACGUAAAGUUAAUACCCGAACUGGAACCAACUGUAAUAGCUUUGAAAAAUAAUCCUGAAAGCCAUCAUGAAAGGCCGGAAUGGUUUGAGACUUUUCAACCCCCUUACGCAUCAAGCAAGGUGAAGUAGAGUAAGCUGCUUUUUGAAAACGAUGCCAUCCGAAAUCGGAUUUCCGAUGAAUUUCACAAGCGGUGUACUUCUCAACCAAAAACCCAUUAAACAAACCAUCCACGAAUAACCGAAGAAUCUCAGUAAUAGCGAGCUGCAUUUAAUUAAUUUUGUACAUCCAGUGGAAAAAGACGGUUAAAACCAUCAUAAGAUGACAAAAAACUCCGUCAGCUUCAGCUAUCUGCGUAAACAAGUUUCCAAAUGCUGCAAAAUAUUUCCACAUGAAUUCACCUUUCAAAUUUUGACUAAUCGGACAAAAAAUUGGUAGUAGAGCUUGGCCAACGCAUGACUAUGGUGAGAAAUGCUAAAAGCAUCUGCCUUCCCUGCGUGUUAAAAACUGACUAAAUUUUCGCGUCCGAAGUCAGUUUGAAAUCAAAAUUUUAAUUGUUCAGUUCAUAAACACAACUUAUUUCCUGUGCAUUAAAAAAAAAAAUUGAGUUUGAGUCUGCGAAUAUUUGAAAACUAGUAAAUUCUCAGUGGAUAAAUUAAAAAAAACGUACACUCGAUGGGUCAAGAAAUAAGCCCGCGAUACGGUCAAGUGAUACUGGUCAGCGAAUACCCUGUUUUGACAGCUGUCAACUGACCACGAUAUGGAUGUGCUAUAUCAGGUUUCACCCUCCCAAACUAGCCAGAAAGUGUGAGACUUAAUAUUGGUUUCCCUGUUGUGCAGACGGAGGGACGGUCACGUGCUUACCGAAUUUUCUCGGGUAGAUAGAAGCGCGCACGUCGAGCUUCGCUAUUAAAUCAGCCAUCCUUAUUGAUUUUACAGAAUGUAGAACUUUAAUAAAAUAACUCUUUAUCUUCACAUUUUUCUUUCAGGAGGCUGGCUUCUUAUUUCCAACAUCACGAUGGAAAGUUCAACUCCUCCCUCUCAGCUGCCAGUCAAGACUUCAUACCGUGGAAUAACCAGUGAUCAGAUGGUUCUCACAAAAACCGCCAUGAUUGAGCUGAGAUCAGUCUUGUCUUUCACCCAGCUGAGAUUCCACUGCAGUAAAAACAAUGGAAGAACGUUCCACUUGACCACUGCUGAUAACAGCACUGGUGAAGCUGUAGUCCAGUACUUCAGCGGUCAGACGGAUGUCCAGCCCGCCUCGUGUGGCUCAUACGUUACAAUGGAGAAUGACAACUCAAGGUUAGCAGGUGUUUGCAAAAAUUGGGGAAAGGAAAGUGGCUCUAUGAUGGUUGGUAAAUGGGGCUAUGAAUUGGAUCAAGACAGAUUAUACGACCACCCUGCUUUUUCUUUUCAUUAUUCUCAUUGGGCGCUUAAUCAUAUUGACUACAGUGGGGGAGUGGCGAAAAGAUGGGAAUGCGAUGAUCUGCUUGUUGGCGUGACCACUGGUGAUUUCUGGAAAAUUUACGUUCGCUAA